GGCCUGCCUUCCGCGGAAUUCCGCGGUCGGGCCGGGUCCUCCGCCCCACCGGAAGCUCCUCGCCCGCGUCGCCGAGAUGGGGUAACCAAGUGCCAGUUUGAGAAAAUGACAUUUACCUGAGGUCACCCAGACACUCUAAAGGACCUAGAACUUGAAGUUUUGGACAUCUGCCUCCAGGACCCUGGGGAUUUCCAUCAGAAAGGGUAAUUCCUGCUGUGACUCAGCUGUGAUGUUAAACCACACAAGCCAGAGAGGAGAUGAUAAAGGCUUCAGAGAGGGUGGCCCAGGCCAGAACCCACCUCUCUCCAUAAAGACCUCAGGGCUGGUCCUCUGCCCUGGAGCAGCUCAGACAGAACCUCAGGCCAUCUGGAUCCUCAAGAUGGCCUCCAGCUCAGCCAGCAGCCCCCGCCUGGCCCCAGAUGAAAAUGAGUUUCCUUUUGGGUGCCCCCCUACUGCCUGUCAGGACCCGUCCGAGCCCAGUGCCCUCUGCUGCGCAACCUGUCUCUCUGAGAAUCUGAGAAAUAGUAAGGAUGGGAUCUGUCCUAAAUGCAGAGGGGACGACCACCAACCUGUGAGCCCAGGAAGCCUUCUGACUCAGGAGAAGGUUCACCCAGAGAUGGCUGAAGCUGGAAUUGCAUGUCCUUUUGCAGGUGUUGGCUGCUCCUUUAAGGGGAGCCCACAAUCCAUGCAGGAACAUGAAGCCACCUCCCAGGCCUCCCAUCUCAACCUGCUGCUGGCGUUCCUGAAGGAGUGGAAGGCCUUGCUGGGCUCUGGCCUGGGCUCAGGGACUGUGGCACUGGAGCAGAACUUGUCAGACCUCCAGCUGCAGGCUGCCGUGGAGGUGACAGGCGACCUGGAGGUAGACUGUUACCGGGCCCCCUGCUGCAAGAGCCAGCAGGAGCUGGCCCUUCAGCAGCUCCUGAAGGAAAAGCUGCUCACCCAGCUGGAGGAGAAGCUGCGUGUCUUCGAGAACAUCGUUGCAGUCCUCAACAAGGAGGUGGAGGCCUCCCAUCUGGCCCUGGCUGCCUCUAUCCACCAGAGCCAGCUCGACCGUGAGCAUAUCCUAAGCCUGGAACAGAGGGUAGUGGAGUUGCAGCAGACCCUUGCCCAAAAAGACCAGGCCCUGGGCAAGCUGGAACAGAGCCUGUACCUCAUGGAGGAGGCUUCCUUCGAUGGCACCUUCCUUUGGAAAAUCACUAAUGUCACCAGGCGGUGCCAUGAGUCAGCAUGUGGCAAGACUCUCAGCAUCUUCUCCCCAGCUUUCUAUACUGCCAAGUAUGGUUACAAGUUGUGCCUGCGGCUCUACCUGAAUGGGGAUGGCACUGGCAAGAGGACCCACCUGUCCCUGUUCAUCGUGAUCAUGAGAGGCGCAUACGAUGCCCUGCUGCCCUGGCCAUUCCGGAACAAGGUCACUUUCAUGCUGCUUGACCAGAACAACCGUGAACAUGCCAUCGACGCCUUCCGGCCCGAUCUGAGCUCCGCCUCCUUUCAGCGGCCUCAGAGCGAAACUAACGUGGCCAGUGGCUGCCCACUCUUCUUCCCCCUCAGCAGGCUGCAGUCGCCCAAGCAUGCCUAUGUGAAAGACGACACUAUGUUUCUCAAGUGCAUCGUGGACACCAGUGCUUAAGGAGGCCAGGUGUCCUGAGGGGGCACCAGCUCAGACUCGGAGGGAGCAGAGCUUAGCCAGAUGGCUGAUGGCUUGCCCUUGGAGCCCAAGGCCUCAGGACAAGGAUGGACUAUGAGGCUGACAUGAUCUGAGCCAGUAGGUCUGAAUGGUGAGACCUUGGGCUAUGUCUGCAAAGGCAGAACAUCCAGAAGGGGUCGACAGAAUUGCUCCCUCCUCAGAUCACACAAUCCUGGGAGGUUGGCGUACCAUAGCCCUGAAUGUUAAGGCCAACUUAAGUCAAUAUGGGGAGGGUUGUAGCCAUUAGUAUGGAUGGUGAGCUGGACAGAACUAUGGAAGAGCAGAGAAGCCCUCAAGAUAGAAAGUCUCUGUGAGCCCAUGGAGAGCUAGAAACAUCUUCUGUCUCCCUGUUGAGGCUCAGAGCCAGGACCAGGAGUAGAAAGCGUAGGAGUCAGUGUGAAUUCAGCAUGUCCAGGCCUGGACUGAGUUCCCCAUUGCUGGAGGUGAAUGGCUAAAUCCACAUGUGGGAAGGGCCUCAAGCUGAGUAUUGAAUUUAAUGUUCCUCACAGCCAAAAAAAAAAAAAAAAAAAAAAAAAAAAAAGCUGCUAACUUCUGGUCCUCUGUGCCCAUGUGAGACCUAGGUUGAUAGAAGCUUCCGGGGAACAUUUGGGAGUCUCAUGUCUUCCAACUCUUAACUCACUUCCGUACCACAAGGUGGGAAGGGUGCCUCUCCCCACCAAAGCACCUGCCACUGGGCCGGGGAACCCCAGCUUUCCAGCAUGCAGGAGCACAGCUAGUUCCCAAGUCAGUGCCUCUACCAGCCAUUGCCCUUCCCUUCGUCCAGGUGAAACCAGUCACAGCAGGCUUCCAGGAACAGCCAGGAGUGUGAGGAGGAGAUGCAGGCAGACAUUUACUUGCUGCUUCACUGCCUAGAACCUCACAGGGUGAUUUCUAGAAUCCCAGGUCACCCAAUUAACCGAGGUCAUCACUUCCCUUGGUUGACUGAUGAGGGCUCUGAGCCAUGGGGCAGAUAAACUUUUAAAAAUAUAUAAAGUCAAAGAUUUUUAAAAAUCUGUUAAAGUUUUCGUUGGGUAUGUGGUGAUGGGAGCCACUCCAGAAAAACCAUUGCUGAAGUUGGGGCAAUGCUGUGAUUUUGCCAGUGGCGUCAGGACUUUGUCCUGGUCUGAAUGUCCCAUCUUGGCCUUGGUGUCCUCCCUCCUGUAAUGUAAACCCGCCUCAUAGGCCUCACACUGGACUCCCCAACUCUCAGGAGACAAGACCAGGCUCCAGGUUGAAUAAUCCAUGCCUGCCUUCUCACACAGCCAUUCAGGGACCCUGGCCCAACUUCCCAGGAACCCUGAAGCUGGCUGUUGCCUCUCUCUCCAGCCUUCCCUGCCACUGACUGUGCCUCAUUUGACGUGCUUGUUGGCACAGGAGCAGAAGAGAUGAAAAACUCAGGUCCAGUGUGGCUCUAAGCCUGAUGUCCCAUCAUGCCGCAGCCUCUUCACUUGGAAAUGAGGAGGCCUUUCCCCAGCUGACCCCCUCCCCCCCAGGUCACAAGGCUUUCAGAAGGCCCAUCUGGGAUGAUGGUGGACUUGGCAGGCUGUAAACAGGCCAGCACUACUUUUUCUGGUUCCCACUCCUGAUAGUUUGUCAGUCACGGAGACCAACUUGUUCCCCACAUCCACCCCCAGGCAGAUAGAUGUAACAAGGUCUCGCUCCCACAAGUUCAGAGCUGAUGUCCUGGCACAAACAGCACCUUCAUGCCUGCCUACUCACUGAGUGCCAAGCCAAAGGAGAGUGAGAGACGCAUGUCUUCAUCUGGCUUUGGGAGCCAGUGGGUCCUUCUUCCAGUCCAAGGGCCAACCUGACAGGAUGAUGCCAUUCCUGUCAUGGCCCAGGAGGCAGGGCAUGUGGUCAUCUCUGCCAGGUUUGCUCAGAGACCACAUCAUUAUGUCCACAGGUGACCCACAGACCAGGGUAGGGAGUAAGGACAGCUAUUAUCUAUGUCUUUAAUUGCCAAGUUCUGAGGGCAACUCAUUAUAGGGAAAAUUAAAAAAAAAAAAAAAAAGUACUGCUAGAUGUGGUGGUGCACGCCUUUAAUCCCAACACUCGGGAGGCAGAGGCAGGAGAAUCGCUGUGAGUUCGAGGCCACCCAGAUACUACAUAGUGAAUUCCAGGCCAGCUUGGGCCAGAGCGAGACCCUACCUCGAAAAAGAACAGAAAGCACAAAGAAAACAUGAUCACCUGUGACCCCAGAGUCUAGCUAGCACUGCCACGAACAUGUAAGCAAAUCUUGAAGAAGCAGACGAGAGCAUCUGCAUAUACUCGCACUGUGUUUUGCAGACGUAAGGAGAAUCGCACUAGCGCUGCCCACCAUUGUCCGUGUCUUCCAAACACCCUGAACCCCACGCUGCUUUAGUUUCUUCUCACAGGCAGACACACAGGAACUCGGAAAGGGCGAGUUGCUCAAGGCUGCAUCAAGUGAGGGGCCAGUGAAGAUUUGCACUCAGAUCUCCCAACUCCAGUGCCAGCGACAAGAUCAUCCUGGCUGUUUUCUGAUGGAGAAACAAAGGCAGAAGUGAGGGAACUGGUCGCAAGUGCACGGCUGUUCCUGAGCAAGCAGAUCUGGCCUCGGGCUCCCCGGAUGCCCCUGUCCUGCAUCUAGGACCAGAGUGGGGCUCACCUGGGGUGCGGAGAAGUGGACCUGUCUUCUCGUGGAAGGAGCGUGAGCAGGAUGCUGCUCAGAGCCCACACCUGGGAGAGCUCGGGGCUCUGCUCCCAAGCAGCUAAGCUGACAGGAUCCACUGAGCAGGCCGAGCCUGUUUCUGUUUUGCCAUGAGGGUAAAAGCUAACCACCCCGUGUGGUUGUGAGAAUGUCAAAGCUGCUGUCAUCGUGCCCUGGGAAUCCCCAGCUAAGAGGAGACAUGUAAACAACCCUGGUGCUCAGCUAACUGCUCUACACUGCACUGAAGGUUUCCAGCAGCAUUUCAUGCGACUUCCCUAAAAGCCCCAGAGGGAAGUGUGGUUAUUUUCAUCUCUGUGUCACCAAAAGGGACACCCAGCCUACAAGGAGUCAGCCAGCUCACUGACAGCCAGGAACCAAGAGCUCACCACAUGGAGUUCAAACCCCAAGACCAGUGAUUGAUUAGUGACCAGAAGCAGGAUAACAUGGAGAGAAAAGUACAAGAAUGGCCUACAGCCACCUGCUCUGGUAUGGUUUUAGUUCUGCACAGAAUGCAAAUAAACUCUUUUCUUGAAUUUUUAUUUAUGUAUAUGUGUGUGCAUGUGCACAUGUAUGGGCACAACUCGUCUCUUGCUGCUACAAAUGGAGUCCAGAACCCUAUGUCAUUUUGUCUGGCUGUGGGUACUGGGAAACUGAACCCAGAGGCAGGCUGCGCAAGCAAGCACCUUUAACCCCAGCUCUUGCAAGUCAACUCAUAAAAUAACAAGAAGAUGGCAGCUAUCAUCUCUUAGUAUUAUUUAACUUGCAUCCUUUGAUGAUUUCACACGUAGAAGUGCUAGCAGAGCUGGGAGGAAAGUACUUGUUGUCCUAACUUGAUAGGUGGAGAAACAAACCCAGAGAGACUGGGUAAUCUUUUGUUCAAGGUCUCACAAGCAAUAGGCAGGUCUUUACCUCCCAAGCACGGGAUCUGCCCACUGCGGUGUGGCGUCAUCACCAGGAAUUUGGGGCGGUAGGAAGGAAUCAAAUGGGAGUUGAUAUGGUCCAUGGAUUAAGUGCCAGCCCUUCUCCAGGACUGCUCUUCAGGGGAGGAGCUCCUGUCUGCAGUGCUCUGCCUUGGGGGACUAGUGGGUGGGAUUAAUGGCAGCCUGGGGAAAGGAUGGAAAUGAAGUCAGGGGAGCCACUGCUGUGCCAGGAACUGGUUUUUAUUUGCCUCAGCAUCUGUGUGUGUGUGCGUGUGUGUGUGUGUGUGUGUGUGUGUGUGUGUGUGUGUGUAUGCACAGAGUCCCCCUCACCCCCGCCCCCAAGGCACAGGCAUGGUUUGGGGACCACGCCAGAGAGAGCUGGCUGUUAUAAUGGCUCAGGUCAGUAGGACAAUUAUUUGUUUGUGUCCUUUACUCAACCUCCACUGCUCAAAGCAUUUCCUUCCCUGGGAGGUCCAGGUGUGCUCUCUAACAUCGUCACACUACCCAGAUGCUCACUGUACAGGCAGCAAUGUCAAGGCCGAGAGGGGGGCAGACUCAAGGACAGAUCACCCUGCAAGAACGUGACUUUUCCUUGUGGAAAAGUGACUUUUCUUUCCAGGCAUGGUGGUGAACUCCUUUAAUCCUGGCACUCGGGAGGCAGAGGUAGGAGGAUCACCAUGAGUUUGAGGCUACCCUGAGACUACACAGGGAAUUCCAGGUAGCCUGGGCUAGAAUGAAGCCCUACUAAAAGAAAAAAUAAAAGGUGAGCGGCUGGAGAAAUGGCUCAGUGGUUAAAAGUGCUUGCUUGCAAAGUCUGCCGGCCUGGUGCCCAUGUGCAGUCAGGUACACAAAGUGACGUGUGCAACGGGAAUUAGCUUGCAGUGCCACGAGGCCCUGAUGUACUCAUUCUGUCAUUCCCUUUCUCCUCUCCCCGCCUUGUAAAUAAAAUAAAAUAAAAAUCUGGCUAUAA